CAAAGGUUUAGGUAAAGCUAGGUGGCUAUGGCGAAGAAAGUAAGAGCUAAUUUGUGUGAGGUAAGGAUUAGGUGUAGUUUAACACAAGAAAAAUAAUUGGAGCUCUAUCUUGGGAGAUGGGACUGACCUCACCUGACCAUUACCAAAACCAAAGUGGGUAAAAACCCACCAAUAGAUUAGCCUGAUUUGACGGCUGACCUGGUUUAUUAGUGGGAAUCUUUUGAGCGUCUGAAUUCGGGCAUGGAGCAAGAAAUAAUUUCCAAAGCUGGAAGUCAAUCUCACCCAGAUUUUGGGGCGCUGUUAAUAGAUGUAUGUGGGGAAUCAUAGAAAAAGAGAGAGACAGACAGAAAGAUAGACAAAGACAACAUGAAGGGGAAAGGACCAGGCUAUGAGAUCAAUGGAGAAAUCAUGAUUCUUGCUGUGGCUCUUCUUGCCUGUGCUGUUUUCUUCACAUUCUGCCUCCAUUUCUAUGCCAAAUGGUUCUGGAGACACUCUGCUGCACUUACUCUGAAUGCUGCUCUGGGUUCUUCAAGGAGGAGGAGAUUCACUUUUGCAGAAACGGAGGAAGAAGAUUAUGGAAUUAGUGAGAACGUAGGGCUUGAGAAGUCUGUCAUAGAUGCCCUGCCUCUGUUUGUUUAUAGAUUGCAGAGUGGGUAUGAAGGCCUGGAUUGUGCUGUUUGUUUAUGUGGGUUUGAAGAGAAUGACAAGGGCAGGCUUCUGCCCAAUUGUAAGCACACUUUCCAUGUGGAUUGCAUUGAAAUGUGGUUUAUUUCUCAUUCUACCUGUCCUCUGUGUAGGACCAAGGUCCAGCCAGAACAGGGGUUUUCUGCUGUGGAGAUCAGUGAGGAUGUGGGUUCUCAUUCAGAAGAGGGAGGAACAAGUUCUGAUUCUGCUAAAGUCCCUGUGACCCGGAUUUGUUCUCUGAGGAGGUUGCUUGGGCGAGAGAAUAAGGUUUUUCCUUCUUUUAGCGAUGCAGCCCCUGAUGUUGAAGAGGGAGGAGGAUUAGUGCAGGGGUAGAAGUUAGAACUAGAUUUAGAACAGUUUUAGCCUCAUUCUUCCAAUGUUUUCUGCUACAUUGUAACUUAGGUAUGGCAGAGAUCAAAGAAUUUAAGCCUUUUCUGAUCAGGUGAAAUCAUGGCUUUCUGCUACAUUGCAAUUUAGGUAUGGCAGAGAUCAAGUAUACUGUGUGGGAAAUCAGGAGAAGAAGAGAAUUUAAGCCUUUUCUGCUCAGGUGAAAUCAUGGUUUUCUGCUACAUUGUAAUCUAGGUAUGGCAGAGAUCAAGUAUACUGUAUUGGGAAAUCAGGAAAAGUAGAGAAUUUAAGGUGAAAUCAUGAGUUUCUUGUGAAUAUUAUCAAUAUGCCUGGAUGAUGUAUUCUUGUUUGAACACUGAACUGAACUUCCUUUGCAGCUUACCCAUUACAAUGGAACUUAACUGUUUAGCUGA